AUGACAACGACAUCAACAAACAAUUAUACAUUUACAAAUACUGCGGAAAAUUUGAUACAUGUCGAAGAUAUUCAACAUAUUGAUUUAUCUUAUAUUGAAGAACAUGAAGAUUUACCUGAAAAAUCAGCUGAUUUACGUCCAAUAAAUAAAGAACAAAACCACUUGGCUAUAUUUACAUUGAUAGGUCAUAAUGAGAUUCCAAUAACAACAACUACAUGUGUUGGAGACAAGAACUCUAUAAAAUAUACUUCAACAGAAACAUCACAAUUGUUCACUUCAAUCAUCACCAAUUGA